GUUAGUUUAUAAACAAAUAAUUAGCAAACAUCAUCUUGCUUUCCUAUUUUUUCUCCUCGAUCGAGCGAGACAAUAUGCCAGAGUAGAUUCAUUCAUUCAUUUCGUAUCUCAAAAUCCGUGCUGCCGAAAUAUGUAAAUUCUUUCACCAACUAACUCUUGAUUCUCUCUCUUUAUUUCGAUCAAUCGAACAUCACUUAUUCGAUCUCUUAUAAUCAAAACCCAAAAUUUCAAUUUCCUCAGUCGUCGAAGAACGACUGAGAUCCUGUGUAAACCCUUUUUCCUUUUUCCCUUCCUUCUCAGAUUGAUAAACUAUAGGGUGAAUUCAGGUGAGGAAUGGCGGGGCAAAACGUAGAUCUCUUUGAUGAGUACUUUAGAAGAGCAGAUUUAGAUCGGGAUGGAAGAAUUAGUGGACAGGAAGCUGUUACUUUCUUUCAAGCUUCUGGUUUGCAGAAACCUGUUCUAGCUCAGAUAUGGAUGUUUGCUGAUCGAAACAGAAGUGGCUUCCUUGGACGGCCAGAAUUUUACAAUGCUCUUAAACUUGUAACUGUGGCACAAAGUAAGAGAGAGUUAACUCAGGAAAUUGUCCAGGCUGCAUUGUUUGGUCCCGCGGCUGCUAGAAUCCCUGCACCACAGAUAAAUCUUGCUGCAUUAGCUGCCCCUCAGGUUGGUGGAGCAGCCCCAGCAUCUCAGACUGGUGGAGCAACCUCGGCCCCUCAGAUGGGCGGAGCAACCUCGGCCCCUCAGAUGGGUGGAGCAAGGCCUGGAUUCCAGAUGAAUGGUGCAAACCCUGCCCUCCAGAUGAAUGGUGCAAACCCUGCCCUCCAGAUGAAUGGUGCAAACCCUGCCCUCCAGAUGGGUGGGGCAAAUCUUGCCCCCCAGAUGGGUGGAGCUGCCGCUCCUACAUCUCAAAAUUUUAGCUACAGAGGGCCACAGUCAGUCCCAAAUGCUGGUAUGAGCCAGCAGCAAUUUCCUUCCCAACCAAAUCAGUUUAUGAGGCCACCAAUGCCUGCUGGUGCAGGUUCACUUCCAGCACAGAGUGUCCCUGGUCAAGGUUUUCCUGUAAGAGGUACUGUGACAGCACCACGACCUCCAACCUCCAGUGUCUCAACCGACUGGCUAAGCGGAAUGUCGGGUGGACAAAUGCCACCAUCGGGGGCAACCUCACAAAUUCCCAGUAGAGGUGUUACUCCUCCUACAAGUCAGAGUGGAUUUGGGAUGGGACCAUCAUCAGGGUUGCACUCUUCAGUACCACCUAGACCACAAGCAAACUCUGGGAUGACACAGUUGGUUUCACCGAGACCGUUAAACCAAGUUCAGUCGUCCUUUCAGCCGGCACCCAAGGAUUCUAAAGCAUUGGUUCCGUCUGGAAAUGGGUUUGCUUCUGAUUCAAUUUUUGGUGGAGAUGUGUUUUCAGCCAUCUCAUCUCAACCAAAACAAGAUUCAUCUGGGUUCUCUGCUAGCAGUUUACCAGUUUCGUCCGCCGUUGUCCCAGUAUCUUCUGCGCCUCAAUCUUUACCAAAGCAUGGCUCACUUGAUUCUUUACAGAGCACAUUCAGUAUGCAACCAUCAAGUGGUCAACUACAGCGUACUCAGUCAUUAACCAAACCGAACCAACAAACAUCACCAAUUCAGAGUACUUCCACGUUUAUGUCAACUGGUAUUUCAGCAGGAGCCAGCAAUUCUGCUUCUAACCAGUCCCAGCCACAGUGGCCAAGAAUGACCCAAUCUGACAUUCAGAAGUAUACUAAAGUGUUUGUUGAGGUAGAUACAGACAGAGAUGGGAAAAUCACUGGCGACCAAGCAAAAAACUUGUUUUUGAGUUGGAGAUUGGAAAGAGCGGUCUUAAAACAGGUGUGGGACUUAUCUGAUCAGGAUAAUGAUAGCAUGCUUUCAUUGAGAGAGUUCUGUAUCGCUCUGUAUCUGAUGGAACGAUUCAGGGAAGGGCGUCCCCUUCCAGCCGUGCUUCCAAGCAAUAUCAUGUUUGAUGAGAAUCCUAUGCCCACUGCAGGUCAACCCACAGCUGCUUAUGGAAAUGCAGCUUGGGGACCCGGUCCUGGAUUGCAACAACCACAACAGCAAGGUAUGCCUGGUGCGCGGCAAAUGAUGCCUACAGUUGGUUCAAGGUCCCAACAAAUGCAACUCCCUCCUACCCAUCCCCAGACCGAGAGAGGACUACAACAGCCCAAUCAGCAAAAAUCAAGAGUGCCAGUAUUGGAGAAACACCUGGUGAACCAACUCAGUAACGAGGAGCAAAAUGCACUAAACUCGAAAUUUGACGAGGCAACAGAGGCAGAUAAAAAGGUCACAGAAUUGGAGAAGGAGAUUUUAGAUUCUAGAGAGAAGAUCGAAUUCUACCGUACUAAGAUGCAGGAACUUGUUCUAUAUAAAAGCAGAUGCGACAAUAGGCUUAAUGAGAUUACAGAGAGGGCUUUGGCUGAUAAAAAAGAGGUGGAGUCUUUGGGCAAGAAAUAUGAAGAGAAAUACAAGCAAGUUGGAGAUAUAGCUUCGAAAUUAACUAUCGAAGAGGCCACAUUUCGUGAUAUUCAGGAGAGAAAAAUGGAGCUGUAUAAUGCACUUGUCAAAAUCGAACAAGGUGGCAGUACUGAUGGCAUUCUUCAGGUUCGCGCAGAUCGGAUACAAUCAGAUCUAGAAGAAUUAGUGAAAGCCUUGAAUGAUCGUUGCAAGAAGUAUGGGUUACGUGUCAAGCCAACUGCACUAGUGGAGCUUCCUUUUGGCUGGCAACCUGGAAUUCAAGAGGGAGCAGCUGAUUGGGAUGAAGACUGGGAUAAGUUUGAGGAUGAAGGAUUUACAUUUGUCAAGGACUUGACUCUUGACGUGCAAAACGUUAUAGCCCCUCCAAAAGAGAAGACCAAGCCUGUGCGGAAGGAGGAAAAAGCUUCAGCAGAUGAGGGUUUAACCGCUGAUUCAUCCUCAAAUGCUGAUAGCAAAUCAGAGAAGCCAAAUAAUACAGGGGAGCAUUUUCAUGAUGCUGAGUCUCCAUUUGAUGCUCGUAGUGAAGAUGGAUCAGCUAGAAGCCCGCCUGGAAGUCCGACAGGUAGGAGUACACUAGAGAGCCCAUCCCAAGAAUUCCGAGAAAGUCAUUUUGGGAAGAGCUUUGAUUCUUCACCUCGUGCCAAGGAAACUCAAAGUGAUCAUGGUGGUGCUGAGUCUACAAUAUCCGGGGAUAAAAGUUUUGAUGAACCUGCUUGGGGUACCUUUGACAAUAAUGAUGACACCGACUCUGUAUGGGGCUUUAACGCUUCAAAGGAUUCCGAUUAUGAUAGGAAUAAAGACUCUUUCUUUGGUUCCAAUGACUUUGGUCUAGAACCAAUAAGAACUGGAUCUCCACAGGCGUCCAGCUUGUUUGACGAUAAGAAAAGCCCAUUUUUUGCUGAUUCUGUUCCUGGCACCCCAUUUUUCAAUUCUGGUAACUCACCGACCAGGUACAGUGAAGUUGGAGAUCGCCAAUAUGAUGCGUUCUCAAGUUUUGAUUCGUUCAACGACCGUGCAUCUUAUCCCCCUGGUGAUAGUAGCCUUACAAGGUUUGACUCCAUGCGUAGCACCAGAGAUUCUGACCAUAGCAGAGGGUUCCCAUCUUUUGACGAUUCUGAUCCAUUCGGUUCAAGUGGGCCAUUCAGGACAUCAUCAGAGACCCCAACGAGAACUUCUGAUAACUGGAACACAUCAUCAGAGACCCCAAGGAGAACUUCUGAUAACUGGAACGCUUUCUAGCCUUGUAACAUUCAGGAUAGGAAACAUGUAGUACUCUUAUCUCUGUCUAUAGGCCUUUCACGAAUGGCUACUUUCUCUCUUCACUUGGAUUCAAUUGUAUGGUAUUUUUGUAGUGUUUGUGAUUUUUACUUAUACAACCUUCUUGUAUUUUUCUGCACAUCUUAUUCUUUUUUCUUUUCUCGUCAGGUUGGGAGUUUUCUUUCCUCAUUUUUUUUUAUUUUCCUAAUUACUGCUUGUAGAGUGGUAGACAUCGAACUGAAUAUUCUUUUUAUCAUAUAUAUUAUUCCUUACUGUUUAUGAUCCUAAAA